ACUGGUAACGAACUACCGGGAAUUAUUAUUUUUCAUGAUCGUAAGCAAUUAAACUUCCUCCAACCCGCACAAACCGGCAGAGCAUGGGACAUAGUAAACUUCAUUUCGGUGUAAUUAUUAAACACUUCUAAUAUUGCAAGUUUAUUUCAGCUGGUGACACCGUGUACGUACCGCAGUUCGUUUUAUUUGUGCAGUAGCCUAGCUAAUCUGGUGACCUUUUGCAGAUAGAGUGGUAUAUAUUCAACAGGACCUUUUUCAAAGCUACUCAUCCGAAUAGCAUUACCGCAGACUUACGUCGUAGCCAAAUGUGCGUAUAGUUGCAUACAGAGGGAAAGCAAAGUCAAGCGGAAAGAAAGAUUGCUAGUCAAUGCCAAGAUGUCAAGGUCUAACGACACCAUCAGCCUGAUUGAAGCAGAAGAUUUCCUUGAGAGCAUUUUGCAGCUCAAGUUCCCAAUGGACCGACUGACAGAAGACCGAGCCGGCUUCCUGCGUGACGUCAUCGCCAGCUGCCAUAGAAGGAUUCCUUUCCAGAGUGUGACGUCGAUAGCCACGCCCAAACCAGAGAGGCGCGCGUUGACCUUCAAAGAGAUCAAGGUCGACAUGAUGACCCGGAAGGGCGGCCUCUGCUGCGAGUUGAACUACUUCAUGAAGGUGCUCUUGGAGACGCUUGGAUUCGAGGUUGACCACGUUGGGUGCAGCGUCUUUGGAAGUCUCAACAGUCAUCUAUCAACGGUCGUGAGGAAUUUGAGCCGACCGGGCGACCUGCAUCUGGUAGACAUCGGCAGCGGGUAUCCCAUGUUCGACCCAAUCCCACUGGUCUUUGACAAGGAGUCACCGUUGUACAAGACAAGCUUCCUAUAUCAUAAGUUUUUAAAAGACACUGACGGCACCCUCCGAUGGGUGCAUAGAGCCUACCGGGAUUAUUACGAUGGCCCGCCAGCAGAUGUCGUCGACGAGUGGUACACGUUCAUGGUGAUUAACUUGGAGGUCCGGGAUAUCAAAUUCUUUUUCCCCAACAUGGAAAACAUUCAUACAGUUGAAAGCGGACCAAAGGCCCUGGCGCCUUUUUUGGUCAGCUUAAGGGCGAUCGACUACCGAAAUGGAAGGCUCUUCGCCGUCAAGGAUACCACCAUCUUGAAAGAAGACGCCAGCGGUAAGGUGAACAAGAAGCGCAUAUCGUCUCCUCAAGAGUUGCUGGAGGCAUACAAGGUCCACUUUCCGCAGUUUCCGGCAGAGACUGUACAGCAGGCUAUACAGCAGGUCACCCUCAAAUUUCAAAAUAGUUCUGGAAAAUGAGUUAAUAACAUCAAUUAAAACAGGUACGCAAUAAGAGUUGAAAAUUGGAUUGAAAAGUAAAAUCUGAGUUUUAAUUAUUUAUCCAUGAUCAUUCCUCCCGCCACGCGCGAUCACAAUUUAAAAUAUUACAUUCUAUGUUCUGAACUGUGAACAUGUAGACGGUUACAAUGGUGUUGACUUUGAACCGAUGGCGUUGACGUUGAAAUGCACACCCAGAUUAUAUUUUCUACUAAAAUCGCAAAUUUCGAACAUUUCAAACUCAAGAUUCUAGGUAUGAAUCAUGUGAAUUAUGUUUUGAACAAGUAGGUUGUCCCAGGCUAUUUUCAAACCUGUUGUCAAUUUUUGUCAUUCAAUUUUUGUCAUUCAAAUUUACGAGUUCGAAUACUCACAAACGUCCAGCAAAUUCAAAUGUGUGCACAUACAAUGUUUAAAUUCGCUCUGUUAUCACACGAUUUCAUAUUUUGUUCAAGGAACUCAAACCAUGAGCUCCCAGUUUCGCCGAAGGUAUAUUCAAUUUCGUCUCAUCUAGGCCGUACCGUAAAGUUCAGAAGACAAACUCGUCUUUGUUAUACCACUCAGUUAUAUCGUUAUUUUGUUCAAUUCCAUCGUUCUUUAUAAAUUGCGACAGCUUCAGUAGAAGCCGCCGCUGGCUUGCUGGAUCGAGCACCUUUAAUGUUUACUAUCCAAUGACUGUAUGGAAUGUGGUUUCUACACAAUGUAAUUUGAGCCACCCGACCCUCACAACCAGCCCAUUCACCCCUGAUUAACCUCUGGCAUGUCUGGAGUAUCUCUCAGGCCCCAAACAGCCGUUAAAACCACAGACAUAACCCCAUUUGACAUUCCAUUUUGGUCACAGGGGUGAUCGAAAUAAUCCCAAUGUAUAUAGUGCAUUUGUACACAAG